UUCAACACGGUUGUCAAGUCUAGUUAGUUUUCUUUCUGUUUCAUGCAUCCUAUUUUUCUCAUUUGUAGCAUUUAAUAUAUCUUUGAUUGAAUUUUAUAAGCGCAACAACUGUUAUUUUUGUUAUGUUAUCUUAAAGUUUAAUCGAAUUCAAGAAUAUUUAUGUUUCAACGUGAACCAAACUAUAUGUUGUGUUGAAUACCGUUCGCUAGUGUUUCUCAGUGCAUAUAUACGUAUUUAUACAUAUAGUGCUCAUACAUAAUAUACAUAUAUCGAGUAUCGUGUCGCGUAACGUAACGUAACAUAAAUUGUUAUUUAUUUUCUAUCAAUUUCCAAGAGCUUUGGUAAUUAUGAAUUAACGAAGGUGUAGUAGCUGGUAGUUACGAUAUGGCUGAGUACCGAUCAGGUUCUUAUUGUGUAUCGUCAGGAGUAGGCAGUGACUCUGAAGUAAUGGCUGAGCUAGCUGCAUUUCUUGGUCAGGAAAUACCCGAAGGAAGGAGCAACCUUGCCGAUAAUCAUAUCAAUUUAGAAAGGGUUGCUGAUUAUUGCGAGGCAAACUACUUCCAAGCAGAAAACAAAAGAAUAGCGUUGGAAGAAACAAAAAACUUUACUACUCAGUCAUUGGCCAGUGUAGCCUAUCAAAUAAAUACACUUGCUUAUAAUUUUUUACAAUUAUUGGAUUUGCAAACAUCUCAGCUAGCUAGAAUGGAGAGUCAAAUGAAUCAUAUCGCUCAGACAGUUAUGAUACACAAAGAGAAAGUAGCUAGAAGAGAAAUUGGAGUUCUAACAGCUAAUAAAGUUACGGUACGCCAAUACAAGAUUAUUGCACCAGCAAAUCCAGAGAAACCGAUCAAAUACGUGAGAAAAAGUAUCGAUUAUACGAUCUUGGACGAUAUCGGGCAUGGGGUGCGUAGCGGUGGUACUCCUAGAAGUAAGCAACGUGGCGGUAGCCAGGGUAGCGUUCAGAGUUUAGGCGCAGCUUCUACCGGUUCAGGAUUAGGUGCUGCCAUGGUAGGACCAGCACCUACAACAAAACCACCUACUCCUCCUCAAACAGUAAGAACUGGAACGUUGAGUAAAGGAUCACGAGAAUAUAGAACACCACCAGCGGUUGCUCCACCUCAAGUUCCUAGUCAUUAUGCUCCUAAUUAUCCAUUGGGUCACCCAAGAAGAGAACGCGGUCCUGGUUACAGUACCUUACCUUUACACGCACAUACCACGUCUCACGCAACUCAUAAUACAAAUCACAAUGCUCAUACCAAUACCUUAACUCAACAUACUUCACCGCCGCAAGUUGGAACCGUUCAUCCAUUGCAAAGUCACCCUCAAACACCGCCACCGGCACCUCCUAGCGUAACAGCAGGAUAUGUGCAGGAACAACAUAACAGUAUGCCCCCACCACCGUCACCGUUGGUUGGAAUAACAGGUGAUAUGACGGAUUAUACCGGACAUCAUACUUUACCCCACAGACUAUCGCAUCAAAUCAGUCGAAGUAGUGGUGCAAGUAGCCCACCAUUGCCACCGCCACCACCACCGGAACAAGAAGAACAUCCUCAAUUUGGUAGGCCCACGCCAUCCAGUGGCGCUAUUAUGCCUAUCGUACCAGACGAGGAAGAUUUACCUGGCUGGGUGCCGAAGAAUUAUAUCGAAAAAGUUGUUGCAAUUUAUGAUUAUUACGCGGACAAGGAGGAUGAAUUGAGCUUCCAGGAAAGUUCUGUAAUUUAUGUACUAAAAAAGAAUGAUGAUGGGUGGUGGGAAGGGGUCAUGGAUGGCAUAACCGGUUUAUUUCCGGGAAAUUACGUAGAACCUUGUGUUUAAUAAGUUUUACAAUAUUGCAUUUAAAUAUGUAUAUCAAAAUUGUGAAUAGUUCGUAUUCACAAGAAGACUGCAAAUUCAAGGGACACGCGCUUGAUUCCUUGAUUUUAAUAUGUUAUUUAGUAUUUAAUAAUCGUAAGGUGACAUUUCAUGUAACUGAUUGCUGCAAGAACAUAAAACGGUGCAACAGAGUAUGGUAUGAAAUAUGAUUAAAUAAAUAAUUUUAGAUUCUUCCGAGGGAGGAAAAGAAAAAAAAAGAAA